AUGAGGAUUUCAGGCGAAUUGGCCUCACGGAACUUCCAUCUCCUCGUCUAUUAUCCCCAACACCGAGAACAACAUGUGAAACUCCAGAACGUGGAGUGGAUGAAGCCGGACACUUUCUCUUCAGCCCUCAAAUGCAUCCGCAGCACGGGUCUGCGCCUGAGCAACGCAGAGAAGAACGUCGGUGUGCGCAAGUACGCCUUUACUCGCCUCCAACUGCUGUCCUUCCCUCGCCUCUACCGACCGCCCGUCGGAACAUACUCUCUCUACGCUGCAACUUAA